AUGUUUUUAAUAGUUAUUACUUUGAUAAUUUCAAUUAUUGCUAUUUAUUAAAAUAAAGGAGAGAAUUAAAUAGAAAUAUUAUGUAUUCUACUAAUUCCUAUGUUAAUUGUUUUAUUUGGAUGUAUUGUGUACUUUAAGCUUUAAUUCUCUGAAGCAGAUAUUAUGUUGCGUAAGAUUUCCCAAGAAAAAUAAAUAAAUGGAUGGAUAUAUUAAUCAUCACUUAUAUUUUUUUGUUAAUAUUCAAAUUAAUCUAAAUUUACUGCAAUAAAAUUGACUUAUAUUUAUAUAAUAACUGCAAUGUCUAUUCUGGUCUAAAAUAUAAUUAUUUCCUAUUCAUAUGAAUGUUAUGAUAAAGAUAACAAUCACUAUUAUGAAACUGAUUACAGAGAUGAAAAUUCUUAUAAUGAUGAUUGUAUUGCUCGUCAAACACCUCCAAAGUUUUAAGGUCCAUUAUUGACACCAUUAGGAAUAUUGUGUGCAAUUUUAGCUUUACUUUUUAUGGCAUAUGAGGGUCUACAGAUUGUAACAAAAAUUGUCUUAGUAUGUCGAUAUUCAAUCUGGCCAUCAUAUUAAUACAAUAACCUAGAUAUAAGUAAGUCUAUUUUUUAUUAAUAGAUAUUCCAAAAGUAAUAUUCAGAAGUAAAAUAUUUUGUACAAUCUUUUUAAUUAAUAAUUUUUCAAAACUUAUAGCUUUGUUAGUCAUUAUUAUUCUAACCCAAAACAAAACUUCUUAUAUUUUAAUAAUAUCAAAUUUAUUAUUCCAUAUGAUCAUGAUCUUAAUAAUUCUGACAUUAUUUAAAAAUAUAACUAAAGGUAAUAUCAUAUUUACAUAAUAGAAAGCAAUAUUUAAUAAACUAAUAACUCUGUGUUCAUUAAUCAUCAAAUAUUUAUUGAUUCCUUAUUAAAAGUGAAAAAUGGAAAUAAUAGAUUAUUUUCAAUUAUUAUAUUAAUUUGUUGUAUAUUAAAUAUUGUAGGAGUGUCUUAGUUUGAAAAGCAAAUAAAUAAUAACAAUGAAAUAAUAAAUUUUGACAUCUAUAUUAUUUAUGAUUGUGCAAUUGCUUAAUUAAUAUGGUUAGGUUUACUGAUCUUUAAAUAUUUGAUUUUUCCUUUUUUUCAUAUUGGUGAAAUCAUUUUAAUCGGAUAAAAUAGAGCUUAAGUAAUGUAAGAAUAAGAGGCAUAAAUUACAGAACAACGCUAAAUACUUUUAUAAGUACAAUAACCUGAAUAAAGAUUUAAUCCAAAUUAUAAUGUCAAUAAUAGUAGAAACAAAUAAAUAUUAUAGCCAAUUACAAAUAUAAAUAAUAAUUUUAUAUAUUAAGUAGAACUUAAAGAUAAAACAGAUUGUGUAAUUUGCUUAUAAUAAAUGAUUAAAAAUUCUGAUAAGGAUCCUAUAAUAUAAUUAAAAUGCCAUUAAACUCAUAUUUUUCAUUAGAAAUGUAUCACAGAUUGGUUGAACUAGAAUAAGAAAUGCCCAAUUUGCAAUACAGAAUUUAAAUGA